GCAGUCAUAGUAAAAAUAAGAGAACUAAUUCUAAUAUUUUUACUAAUAAAAAGUGUGCAUUCUGCUAUGAUCUAUGUGUAAUGUUCGUUUAGUGUGCGUGCGAGUACAAUUUACUUUCGACAUUUUUUCGUUUUCACAGUCUUUUUCGGGUUUGUAAAUCAUGUUGUGCAUGCAAAAUUUGUCAUUCUUUGAUAAAUUUGCGGGAAAUAAAUUGCAGUGAUUUAUUUUAAAAUUCUUUUUAAUGGCUUAUUUAUGUACAGUUCAAUGAAUUGAUGAAAGACUUUGUUAAAAUAUCGUGAAUCUUAUGGAAAAUAUCGGUGCUAUAUCGUUAUAUACAUUCUCAUAUAAGAGAAAAGUGUUUUAAAUGGCUUCUAGGUUGACAUUGAAUAAAUUUAUGGUGCGAGAUUUAUAAUAAUUUAAAAGAAAAAAAAGAGAAACGUGUAUCAGUUUAGUUUGAUCGGAAUCACGGCUGAACUAUUUUUUCGUGUGACGAAAGAGUAAAAAAUUAUUGAUGUGUGCGUGUCUGUAUGGUGUAGUUUUAAUGCAGAAAUAAUUCCAUGGAAAAAGGUUGACGCAUAGACGUGAACAAGACUUUAAAAUACUCAUCAAAAAUUCAAACAAAACAGCUUUGUUCGUCUACAAUUCAAACAAUGAUUAAUUUGGAAAUUACAUGAAUUGCCAUUUACGCACUUAAUACUGUUGGCCUAAUCUCGUGCGUAAACAAAAAACCCCCAGAAAAAUGGACGAUAAUGACAACAUAAUCGACUUUCAAAAAAUGAACUUUUCACCGUUCACAACGCAGUUUGCCGGAUUGCCAGCCAAUUCAUCGCUGCAUCAAUUUACAACAGCGAAAUUCGCACAAAAUCUGACUGCAUCGAAUGGACAGGUUGUGAGUUUGGUUUCGGGCACCGAUGGAAAUGUACAAUUUCUGCGUUCGGUUGAUGGAACCACCGCUAAUUUUCCAACACAAAUUCAACAAAAUGCGCCAACGAAUAUAUCACAUGCGCAGACGUUUAUAUUGCCAAUCACGAUGCCUGGCGAAAAACCCGGCGAUGCCCAGCAAACAGUUCAAAUUCAAGUGUUGAAUCCGAAUCAAAUUCACCAAGCACCAAAAUAUCAAAACAUACCCAUGUCGUUGCCGAUUCAGGGAUUUCCACAACAGACGGUGCUCACCGUAUCGAUGCCACCCGAAAGUGAAAUGCUCCCAAAUCAUGGUUUACCCGAAGGUGUUACAGUAUUAGCAGCUAUUCAACCGCAAGACUUACAGUUAUUCGCUCAAGCCCAACCACAAAUGCAACAAACAACGGAUGGAACAAACAUUCAUAUGACAACUGAUGGCAACAUGAACAAUUCCGUUAAAGAUGAAAACGAAAAUCCUGCAUUAAAUCCGAUAACCAUAAAGCAAGAGCCAUUUUGGGGACAAAAUACGAUCACAACACAGCAAAGUAAUGACAUCAAUGAUUUCAUCGCUCGUCAAGGAAUCUCAAUUAAUUUGCAACCAUACUUAAAGUUCGACACAGAUAAUAUGCAUGUUAAACGAAGUGAUACAAUAACAACGGACGGCAUUGUUAUAAAACAAGAUCCGGGAUUGGGCGAAAUUGAAAACAAUAAACAAAAAUUAAUCGAAUCAAUUCAAGAGCAAACGCAUCAAGUAUUAACACAAAUCCAAACUCAGCCACAACAUUUACAAUCGAACGAUUUGCAAUCACAACAAACGGAAUCAAUGAUAGCGGAGCCAAUCGAAACAAAGAUUGAAGUGGAUGCCAAUGGUAAGGUGAAAAAGAAGCGAAAGUACAAGAAGAAGCCACCGAAGCCAAAACCACCGAAGCCAGGUCAAGUGCAUAUAGCAACAGCACUCGAUGGAACCAUUCUUUUCUGUUGCCCUGAAUGUCAAAUGGCAUACGCUGAAAAAACUGAUCUCGAACAGCAUUUAACUGUGCAUAAAAUUGAACGCAGAUACAUUUGCGAUAUUUGUGGAGCUGGUUUGAAACGAAAAGAACAUUUGGAGCGUCAUAAAUUGGGGCACAGUCCGGAACGUCCGCAUAUUUGUAGCGUGUGUAAAAAGGGUUUCAAGCGAAAAGAGCACCUGAAUCUGCAUUUUGUCAUUCAUAGUGGCGAUAAAACGGAGAUCUGCGGUGAAUGUGGAAAGGGUUUCUAUAGAAAAGAUCACCUUCGUAAGCAUACUAAAUCACAUAUAACGAAGCGACUGAAAGAGGAGAUGAAUGCACAGGCCCAGGCACAAAAAGCAGCUGCAAGUCAUGCAAAUGGAACCGCCAACGCAAAUAAACUAACGAAUGUUACAACUGCCAAUAUGAUGCCAGUGAACAUAACAUCGAUUUCAAUGGCAACAAUAGCAUCAAAUUCAAUCGACACAAACGCAAUAAAGACCGAACUAACAACUACAAAUUGUUCGACCGAUGACAUACUGCAACAGAUUCAACAGCAGCAGCAACAGGUGCUUCAAUUGCAAGGCGACUGUCAAACAAUUUGCCUUCAUGUUCCAACGAGCGAUAAUACAACAGUGCCUGUCCAAAUCAAACUACCGCCAAUGAUGACAACAAGUGCUGCAGAUGGCACUACAAAUACGGUUGUUUUGCAACCGACCACAAAUACAAUUUCUACCGCUACUCUAAGCAAUAAUAGUUUUAAUAGUCAAUCAACGCUAUCAACCACCUCAUUGCUACCAUGACAACAAAAGUCACCGCAGACCAUUCUUCUAGCUAAAUCACAAAUAGCACACGAACUCAGUCGAAAACAAAAGAUCAUCAUUUAAACAAAACAGAGUGAAUUCAAUAGUAAUUAAUACUUUCUUUGUAAUUUUGUUUUAUACUUUUUCCAUGCAAAAUGUAGAAAAAUGUAAUACUCAUUUUAACGAAAAAGAACCCGAAGGCUUCACAUACGAUUUCAUCAACAAAAUUAGAUUAUCUUGCAGCGACCUGAAUGAGCAGAACAAGUACAGAUCAUCAUUAACAUGUAAAGUCUCAAUGAAUAUUCCAUCAAAAUUGCACAAUUGUCGCAUUUUUAACUAAAAUUUUAAGAGUAAACAACAAUACGAGAGUUUUAUUUGUACCUUCAAAAUUCCUUCGUUUUUUUAAUUUAAGACAUUAUUCUAUUUAUUAUUAUGUUUAUUACAAUUUGCUAUACGAAACGAACACAUUCUGCCCGAGUAACUCCUUAAAGACAUAUUUUUUUACCUUUUGUAUAUAUACACGACACUACUUCUAUGGGAUGUUUUAAUUACAUUUAUUGUAAAUUAGGUGUAAGGGAAAAUUGUUA